GCAAGGUCGUAGAGGUGGCCGUGGUAGACCUGCAGCUAGAGCUCAAGAGGAACCAAUGGAGGAACAAAACGUUCAACAGGAAGAACCAGAUGAAGUUGAUGAUUUCGGUCUGAGAAGAGAAGGGCGAAAGGCUCUCCUACAGUUCUUUAACGAAGCUCCUCUAGAGGAACUGAACCAAAUGACUGGUUGUUCACAAAAGACCGCUGAAGUUAUUAUCAAUCUUCGGCCAUUUAAUACUGUAGUAGAUCUUAAACUCCGUUUGGACGCCACGCGCUACCUCUCCACAUCCCUCAUUGAUGCUUGCAAGGAACUCAUGCAAACUCGGGCCAUGUUUGAUAACAUCCUCAAGAGUUGUGAAGCUAUUAGUCAGCGUGUCCAAUCGAGAAUUGCUUCUCUGCUAGCCGACGAUUCUGUUGACUUACCUAAAGAUGGAGGCGAUCUCUCAAGGAACAAGAAAAUGGGCUUCCUCCGUGAGCAACCUGUUAUCCUACACCCCUUGCGUCAGCUAAAGCCCUAUCAGCUGGUUGGCCUCAACUGGCUGCGAAUUCUUCACGAUGAGAAAGUGAACGGCAUUUUAGCAGAUGAAAUGGGCUUGGGAAAGACUGUUCAAGCUAUCGCAUUGCUUGCUUACCUCUAUGAACAAGGUGAACGGGGACCACAUCUUAUCAUCUGCCCAAGUUCAACUGUUGACAACUGGCAGAGGGAAUUGAAUAAUUGGUGCACAAACUUUAGUGUUCUUGUCUACCAGGGUUCAACUGAAACUCGUAAAGCUAUGCGACUGAAGAUUUAUGAGAGCCAACAAAAUAACUCACGUCCGGAUUUCAACAUCCUCCUCACCAGCUAUUCGACGGCUACUAGCACUCUGGAAGAUCGUGCUUUGAUGAAGCGUGUCGAAUUCCAAUAUGGUAUCUUUGACGAAGCUCACAUGUUGAAAAACAUGACCUCUCAGCGCUACAAAACCCUUUCAAGUUUCCAAACCCAAAGGAGAAUUCUUCUAACUGGCACUCCUCUUCAGAAUAAUUUGAUUGAACUCAUAUCUCUUCUUGCUUUCGUUAUGCCUGAUCUCUUUACUGGAGGAAAUGUGGAUCAUCUUAAGAGAAUAUUCCAACUCAUGAGUAAAUCUGCAACUAAUACUUCAGGCACUAAUCAUCAAGGAGAUAAGACUUCAAAAGGUGAAAAUGAGGGACAAGAAGAAGGUAAGACUGGCUCUUCCUCUCUUCUAGGGAAUCGAAGCCAGUUUGAACACGAGAGAGUUAAGCAGGCUAAACAGCUUCUCAAACCAUUCUGUUUGAGAAGACUCAAGUCACAAGUCCUUCAGCAACUCCCUCCAAAAAUUGAGGAGACUAUUCGAGUACCUAUGACGGAAAGUCAGUGGCAAGCCUAUGUGAAUCUUAUCAACAAAUUCAGAAAUGCUCAAGGUGCCAGUGCUGCUGAUAUGGCUUGUGAUGUUGGGGAAGAGGAGGAAGGUGGGCGACAGAGUAUUCUACUCUCAAAGUCCGGCGCCGCUGGUAUUGCUAAUGGCUCCUCGAAAAGGCCGAAAAUGUCUCUUAUUGAUACGACCACCGGUGGUCUCGAUCGCUCUGUAGGUGUCGAACGUCUCUCUCCUUUCAAUAUGCUAAUGCAAUUAAGGAAGGCAGCUAAUCAUCAACUCCUACUAUCUGCCAUCGCUUACUCCGACGAUACAAUAAAAGAAAUCUCCGUCAUGCUUAAACAAGAUAAAUCUCACGCGGAUGCUGAUCCUUCCAUCCUACUGGAAGAUCUUUGCCUUCUUUCCGAUCAUCAGGUCCACAAGCUAUCCCAGCUUUAUGAUGUCUUGAAUCCUUUUGCUCUUCCACCAGAGACUUUGGUGAAUGGUUCAGGCAAAGUGAAGUGGUUGGAUGACAAUCUGCCCAAGAUUUUGGCUGAUGGUCAUCGUGUCCUUAUUUUCAGUCAAUUUGUUUUGGUUCUUGAUAUUCUCGGCGAGUAUAUGGUUAACAAGGGCAACAAAUUCCUCAGAAUGGACGGAUCCACUGAUGUGAAAGAUCGACAAACUCUCAUUGAUACAUUCAAUAAUGAAAAUCAAAUGAAGUUAAAUUUUCAUUCUUCUAAUUGUUCUUCUCCUCUCAUCAUCUUUUUGCUCCUCAUGUUUACUUUGCCAUGGGUAUUAAUUGAUUUCUCUUUCUAUAGUGAUACAACGUAUGAAUUAUUCCUCUUAUCGACUAAGGCUGGUGGGUUGGGCAUCAGUUUAACUGGUGCUGAUGUGGUGAUUAUCCAUGAUGUGGACUUUAAUCCCUACAAUGACCGCCAAGCCGCUGACAGGUGCCAUCGCGUUGGUCAAAUGAAGCCUGUGAAGGUUAUCCGUCUAAUCUCAGAGAACAGUGUGGAAGAAAGUAUCUGGCAGAACGCCGAAGAGAAGCUCCGUUUAGAGGAAGACGUGACUGGUUUCGACAAGAGCGGAGCUCCAAUUGGCGGCAUGACACCUCAACUGGGUGAGAAACGUCACAAUGGAGAAAAUGAUGGGGAUGCUACUGGCGAGGACGAUGAUAAAAUCGAUGACGCCGAAUUUGAUGGCAUCACUAACAACGACCCUGAUCUGCGUCAACAAGCUGGUAGCCAGAGUAAAAGACUUUUGAACCAGGGUGAAAUCUUCAAAUACCUCUCGGAUGCUCUUAGUUCGAGUGUGAUUACACCUAGCAGCAGUAAUAUAAAGUCGCCUAGAACGACAACUUAA